UGGCAAGACAACAGGAAUCAAGAGCACCUGAGAUGGGCAGUUUACUGGGCCGCGAAGUGUCGAUGUUCAACUCCAGGAUUCACAAAGUUACUACAACAGCAGCUUGAUGUCAUGUGCAUUGAGGAAUGUAGAGAUGUUGUUCAGUGUGCAUAUGCAUUGUUUAAGUUGAAUAUGCCUGAUCGUCACCUGGCCCAACACUUGACGAAUCGCUACAUUACCAUACAGAGUACAGGUGAUCCAAAGUAUCGUCAUACUGAAGUACUCUCACUACUUCUCUACUGCACACUGUGUGGUGUAGAGUGCAGUGCCUUGCUGAAGCUGAUCAGUGUUGAUCAUCUGAUACAGAAAUGCGAUCCUCGCCGUGUGCAACUGCUAUAUUUGCACAACACCCUCCCUGUCACUAACGACCAGCGGCUACAGAUAAUGAACAGGUGUGCAGUGUGGUUCCAGAAGGCUGUGCCAAGUCAGCAGUCAGGUCGAAUGUAUGACAUGCUGUCAUACUUCAUUGGUCCAAAGCACACCACUGGCAUAUCUCUGGUUGAUGGUGUGGACGUUCAGGCAUUCUGCAUCUUCAACCAAGACCAUGAACCAGUGAAGACUGAUGCGUAUCCAGCUGAUGUAUACAACGGUGUAUCAGUAGAUAUGACUGCAGCUAGACGUCAUGGUUUCAGUGUUGUGGCAUGUCUGGGUGUGAGUGACACUCAGUUACAACGUCAUCCUGUACAUACACCUAACGGGUAUAACACUCUUGAGGCAUCGGCACUCAAAUCUCUAGGAUGUUAUAUUAUUCCGAUGGUACUCAAAUAUGGCGCUCGGCACUCGCAGAAAAGCAGCCACACUAUCCCGGAUUUGCUGAUCAAUUAUCCGUAUCACAUCACCGUGUUCAAAGACCUGUUACCCGCCAAGCAGUGAUGGAUCUACACACUGAUGUCAUAGUCUACAUGAUGAUAUCUUUGAACAGCAGUAUACUAUGCCGAGUUGUGCCGUGAUAUCAUGUGAGACUGGAAUAUGAAGUCCGUUUUGUGAUUACUAAGAAAGUUGUGGACAUCUCUUUUGGUCUUGUGAUUGAAGUUUUCAUUUCUCCGAUUCUUUGCCACUUUUUCCGCUUAGCUGAACAAUGAGGAAGCUGCCUCUUCUUUAAUUCCACUCCCGGCUGAGUAACUGAAUAACUGAGUAACUGAGUACACCGGAUGUGAGAGGGUAGUGCUGCUAGUGCUAGUGUAGUAUGCCUGUUGAUUGUGUUUUUGAAAUCCAGGCAUUGUUGAGUUUGUGCGUGAAUGUUUGCGUGUCUGUGCAUUCAGUUCCCAAUUCUUUUUUCUUUGUGCGUGCAUAUACAGUACAGUGUACCUUGAUAUUGUGAAUCCUCCACAUGUGUGUUUUCCGCUUCCAUUGUCCAUAGUACACGUAGUACAUGUAGCAUCUGGAGUAGCCAGGAUCCUGAUUUUUGA